AAAAAAAAAAGAAAAAAAAUAGAGAAAAGAAAUCCUAAGUCGCGUCCCCGACGUCUCCGGGCCCCGCGGCCGCAGCGGCCGCCCCACAUUCCUGGCAUUCCUGGGCCGUGACUCCCCGCGCCGCCCCGGCCCCAGCCCGGCCUCGGCCCCGCCGCCUCCGGCUCGCCCGCCCGCCGGCCCCGCUCGCCCCCGCGGGACACCAGUCCCCUCCCUCCCGUCCUGCCUCCCUCCUUCCCGCACCCCGCGGGCGGCAGCAGGAGCUCCGGGCGCCCCGGCCCUCGCCGCCCCCGCCGCCGGCGGCCCCCCAGCUCCCGGCCGCCCCGCCGAAGUUCCCCGCGGUGGUGGCCGGGCCGGGGCGGCGGGAGCGGGUCUCCAUCCCCACCGCUCCCGGGGAGCGGCCCCACGCCUUCCCCGCCCGCUUUGGGUCCCGCCGCCGGCAGCCGCCGCCCCCCGGGCCGGGCCGGGCCGGGCCGGGCCGGGCCAGCACAGCCGCCUCCCCCGGGAGCGCACAAAGCCGGAGCCGAGCAGCAGAAAUCCCUUGAAGCUCACCCUGGGAAUGGACAGCUACCUCCAUUUCUGGAGGAGAGUAGUGCCAAUUGAAGAGGCCUUCAAGGCAAGUCAACAAGCGCUCUGAUAACUCUCGGAAGAGAACAGGGAAGGGACGACCUUCCAGGCCACCAGCCAUGCCUUUCGGGCUGAAACUGCGACGGACCAGACGUUACAACGUCUUGAGCAAGAACUGCUUUGUGACAAGGAUCCGUCUGCUGGACAGCAAUGUGAUCGAGUGCACUCUCUCCGUGGAGAGCACGGGGCAGGAGUGCUUGGAAGCUGUUGCUCAGAGGCUGGAAUUACGUGAGACACACUACUUCGGCCUUUCGUUUCUCAGCAAGAGCCAGCAAGCCCGCUGGGUUGAACUGGAAAAGCCUCUGAAGAAGCAGCUGGACAAAUUUGCCAAUGAGCCUUUGCUUUUCUUUGGGGUAAUGUUCUAUGUGCCCAGUGUUUCCCGACUGCAGCAGGAGGUAACAAGAUACCAGUAUUACCUACAAGUGAAAAAGGAUGUUCUUGAUGGACAAUUACUUUCCUCACUGGAGCAGGGAAUUCGACUAGCUGGUUUGGCAGUGCAAGCCGAUUUUGGAGACUAUAAUCAGUUUGAAUCUCAUGACUUCCUCCGGGAAUAUGUCUUGUUUCCUAUGGAUUGGACCCAGGAUGAAGCUGUUUUGGAGGAGCUGACUCAAAAGGUUGCUCAGGAGCACAGAACUCACAGUGGCAUUACAGCAGCAGAGGCUGAGCUAAUGUACAUCAGUGAAGUGGAACGCCUUGAUGGGUUUGGACAGGAAACUUUCCCUGUGAAGGAUAAUCAUGGAAAUGACAUACAUCUUGGAAUUUUCUUCAUGGGCAUCUUCAUAAAAAACAGAAUUGGAAGGACAACUGUGAUUUAUAGGUGGAAUGACAUUGGGAAUAUAGCACAUAACAAGUCUUCAAUUGUUCUAGAGUUGAUCAACAAAGAAGAGAAUGUACUCUUUCACACAGAUGAUCUUGAAAAUGCCAAAUAUAUUUCACGGCUGUUUGCAGCAAGACACAAGUUUUACAAACAGAACAAAAUCUGCACAGAACAAUCAAGUUCUCCUCCCCCUAUCCGACGACGGCCCACUUGGAGUAGGUCAUCCUUGCCAAGACAACAUCCAUUUAUACUGCCUCCUAUGCAUGUCCAGUGUGGAGAACACUACACUGAAACACAUAAUUCACAAGAUAGCAUUUUCCAUGGAAAUGAAGAAACUUUCUACUGUAGGUCUCAGACCAGUUUGGAUAGGUGUCCAAUGGACUUCAGCUACUUGAAUGGUAACGGACCCAAUGGGAGUGUAUGCAGUGCCCACAGCAUGAACUCCCUCAAUCGCUCACAGAACUUCAUCCAGGCAUCUCCCAUGUCUUCAAAUCUGAGCAUCCCUGGAAGCGACAUCAUGAGAGCAGACUAUAUCCCCAGCCACAGACAUAGUGCAAUCAUAGUACCGUCUUACCGGCCAACUCCAGAUUAUGAAACUGUCAUGAGGCAAAUGAAGAGAGGAGUGAUCCAGAUAGAUAGCCAAAGUCAGUCUUUGAGAAAUCUCAAUAUUGGAAACACACAUGCUUAUAACCAGCCAGAAGACCUAGUUUAUAGUCAGCCUGAGAUUCGAGACAGACAUCCUUACACAAUUGCAUACGGUCCCCAGGGUAGUGGCUAUAACAAGCCCGUUGCCCCGUCUGACCAAAUGAACCCUAAUACUGCUGCUCAAAAUAAGACAGCAGCCAGUGCCAUCUCCCACACUGUCAGCACACCAGAACUGGCUAACAUGCAGCUGCAGAGCAGCCAGAGUUACAACACUGCUCACAUGUUAAAGAACUAUCUCUUCAGACCCCCACCUCCAUACCCGCGCCCACGUCCUGCAACUAGCACGCCGGACCUGGCAAGUCACCGGCACAAGUAUGUCAGUGGGAGCAGUCCCGACCUGGUCACUCGCAAAGUCCAGCUCUCGGUAAAGACCUUCCAAGAGGACAGCUCGCCGGUCGUCCGUCAGUCGCUGCAGGAGGUCAGCGAGCCCCUCAUGGCAGUGAAGCAUCAUGCAGCUGUGAACAAGCGCCAUAGUUUGGAGGUCAUCAGCAAUAUGGUACGUGGUAUAGAAGCCAUGGCAUUAAAGACUUUAAAUGCCCCUCUGCCACGCAGGAACACUUUGCGGGAGCAGGUGCAGCCAGAAGAGUCGGUUCAGAUGGCGCAUGAAGUUCAGCAAGUUCCUCAUUAUCAUCACAAAAAGACAUUCUCUGAUGCCACGAUGCUAAUACACAGCAGCGAAAGCGAAGAGGAAGAAGAAACCCCAGAAUCUGUGUCACGGAUAACAGCUCUCCAUGAGAACAUGGAGUACAGUGCUCAGCUGCAAGCUGCCUUGGCUAGAAUACCAAAUAAACCUCCUCCAGAGUAUCCUGGGCCUCGUAAAAGUGUCAGCAACGGAGCCCUGAGGCAGGACCAUGUUAGCAUUUCUGUGGCUGUGGCCAGGGCCAAGGCCAUGAGGCCAGGGCCUUCCAAAGCCAUUAGUGUCUCUCGAACUGAUCAAAUGGCAGUAAAUGGGUCUUCGCUCGGGCCCUCUAUCUCAGAGCCUGACCUCACAAGUGUGAAGGAGCGGGUCAAGAAAGAACCUGUCAAGGAAAGGCCUGUGUCUGAAAUGUUUUCUAUUGAGGACAGCAUUAUAGAAAGAGAAAUCAUGAUGAGGAAUCUAGAAAAGCAGAAGAUGGCAGGCCUGGAGGCCCAGAAGAGGCCCUUGAUGUUGGCAGCACUGAACGGACUCUCAGUUGCUAGGGUUCCGGUGCCGGAGGACAGCCAGGAUGAAGUCGCCAAGGUGCCAAUGGAUGAGAGGUGCAAAAUCUUGAAGAGGAAGUUGGAAGAGGGGAUGGUGUUUACAGAAUAUGAGCAGAUUCCAAAGAAAAAGGCAGAUGGGAUCUUCACCACUGCUGCCUUGCCUGAAAACACUGAGCGCAACCGCAUCAGGGAGGUCGUUCCUUAUGAGGAGAACCGAGUAGAGCUGGUGCCGACCAAAGAAAAUAAUACAGGCUACAUCAAUGCUUCACACAUAAAGGUUUCUGUAGGUGGAGAGGAAUGGCACUACAUUGCUACCCAAGGGCCUCUGCCACACACGUGCCAUGACUUCUGGCAGAUGGUGUGGGAACAGGGGGUUAAUGUUAUAGCCAUGGUCACAGCUGAAGAGGAGGGAGGAAGAAGUAAGAGUCAUCGUUAUUGGCCUAAGCUGGGCUCUAAGCACAGCUCAGCCACUUACGGGAAGUUCAAGGUGACAACUAAGUUCCGCACAGACUCCGGCUGCUAUGCUACUACUGGUCUGAAGGUCAAGCAUCUUCUCUCUGGGCAAGAGAGGACAGUGUGGCAUUUGCAGUAUACUGACUGGCCAGACCAUGGGUGUCCAGAGGAAGUCCAAGGCUUUUUAUCUUACUUGGAGGAGAUACAGUCCGUGCGUCGCCACACCAACAGUGUGUUGGACAGCAGCAACAACUGCAACCCUCCUAUCGUGGUUCACUGCAGCGCAGGGGUAGGAAGGACCGGAGUGGUUAUCCUGACAGAACUCAUGAUUGGGUGCUUGGAGCAUAAUGAAAAAGUGGACGUUCCUGUGAUGCUGAGACACCUGCGGGAGCAGAGAAUGUUUAUGAUCCAGACCAUAGCCCAGUAUAAGUUUGUCUAUCAAGUGCUUAUCCAGUUCCUGCAAAACUCCAGACUUAUUUAAUCUUUUCAAGCAUCCCAGACCAAGCUUUGUGGAUCUGACUGAACCUUACUGAUGAACAAGGGGAACUGCCUUGACAACACUGUGUGCAUAUAUUGCACUUUUUAAAGUUGUCUUGAAAGUAAGGAAUGAUUGUUCUUUACUAGAGUCUCCCAUGGAUUAUUUUAUACAAGAUAUAAUUUAUUUUUCUUGGAAUAACUUGUGAAUUACUUUAAUAACUUUUAAAACUUAUAGUGACCUUCAAAUUGAACCACAUUUGACGUGACUGGUCUGCAUUGUAACAUGUCCAUAAGGAAAGCAAUCCUUUGUAAAGGUAGUUUUUACUGGCUUUUAUUUUGCUACACAGCUUCUGAAACGAACAGUUAUUUGGCAGUGGGCUUUUUCUCACAUAAGAACAUUUUGGGUGUAAAUAGAUGUCUUCCAUGGUAAAAUCAAGAUCUGCUACAUGUCAGCUCCACCUCUGUAUGAGUAGAAGCUGAGGGAACACGGUCCUGGAGCAGGAAGACCUGAGCCGCUGCACAUGCAGCAGGGCACGUUACAGAGGGCACAACCACAGGACGUUGUGAGGGCAGAGAGUUUUGGGUGCUAAACUGUUCAAAUUCCACAAGAAUUACGGUUUUAGAUUAGUCCUGGAAAAAAAAGCAAUAUUGGAUCUUACAAACAAGGCCUUUGCUACUGUCUGCAAUCCUUGAAGGGAUUCUUGAGAGUUGUUGAAGCAGUGCAGGGUGGAGUGCAGGGACCCAGAGCAGGCUGAAGUCAGUGAGUGAGUCUUUCCAGUAACUCUGGUGGACUGUGGGUUGAACAGCAGAGGAAAUUCAAGUAAAUGCAGCUGAAAAAACCCUCAAAUCAAGCACCUUCUCAUUAAUUACAUGGAAAGUUUUAUUGCCUUGAGCUCACCUCCCGUAGAAAUGGAAUCUCAUUUAAGUUAGGCAUCUGCAGUUGCCUUAGUCUCACAUGUGAACUAUUGUCUUCAGCACGGUAAUCCUUUUACUUUCUGCUCAUUUGAACUUUGUCAGAAUGAUCAAUAUAGUCUUUCCUCCAAUCUCUAAACAGUGACCCUUGAACUUUAGCUCAGUCUGUCUUGAUUCUUCCCUCAUCACUGUCUUGUGUAUGAACAUACAGAGCAGUCUUCCUUUUGGUAGUUGAGGCAAACCUCACUUUGUUAGGGUGGUUUUUGUAUUAAAUUGUACAGGUCCUCUCUCUUCUCUCUCUGGUCACUUUGGAUUCUCCCCCCUAUUUAUUAUUACUGUUUUAUCCUGGUGGUGUUCAGGGAUUCCAGUUAGGAUUAGGAGGAUGUUGUAUAAAUACAUAAAGGAGAAACAGUCCUUGCCUGAAGUUUACAGUCAGAACAGAAAAGGGAAACAAACCUCAUUCGCUGCAUAGCUAGGGCACAGAUUUUUAACUGGCUUGCCCUAGGCCAACAGUGAAAUCUGUGACAGGGCUAAGAAAAAAAUCCAUGUGUCCUCUAAGUACCUCAGCAGAUAGACCUGUCCUCCUCUCUCUUCCUCAUCCUCUGUCCCUCAGUAUCGGCUAGCUGUUUUGUACAACUUACUGCAUAUCCCUUUUUCCAAACUGUUGAUUUCACUGGAGUAAAUGGGGUUAUGAAUUGCCUUGCAGUGUGUGCAUGGCAGCAUUUCCUUACAGUUGUUUAGAAGUGAUAGUAACUGCACUUUUAAAAAUUUUUAAAAGGGAAAAAAAGAAAAAGCUUUAGCGAGUUGUUGUGGGACUCCCACGUUGUUAUUUCUGGUGUAAGAGAGGGAAAGCUCCUGCACUGAGGUUGCUCCCCUCCUCACACUGCUGAGUCCUCUUCCCACUCUUGCCACCCCCCUGUGGGCAGCCCAGCCCUGCUUUGACUUGGCAGUCCUGCCUGAUGGCGAGAGAAUGGGUCAGGCUGGAGAGGAGCCCUGGAGGCCCCCGUGCCAGCCCUGCUCACCCCACAGCUUGCUCAGGGUCGCAUCCAGUUUCAGAAAUCUCCAAGGGUGGAGGUUUCGCAGCCUCUCAGGGCACAUGAUGCAGUGCAGUUACUCUGUCAUGGUGAAAUUAUCUUUCUUGGCAUCCCUUUCCCAGAUAAAUUUCAUCUUUCAGUCUCAUCAUCGUUUCUUUUCUGUUGCCUCCCCACCUCCGACCCCCUGGCCGAUAUGCAAAGGCCCAAGCCUACAAGCACUCUCAACUCCAGCGCUAAAGGGACCUACGCACCUACCUUUCCCUAAAAUCCCUAAAAACUAAGGCUCUGUACCAGAAUGUUUCUUAAAUGUAUUUAAAACUGUGCUGUGCCGAUUUGGUAGUCUGCAAUACAGGCCUAACAAGGUGACAAGGAUUCUGGUGGAGACUUCUAGUUACCAACAAAUCGUGAGGAGCUAUUUAGCUGUAAUAUCUUGACCAUGGUCAUUUUAGGGAUCAGCUGAGUUUUCAGUCAACUUCCGUUUUCCUCUGAUUACUUCUGCCAAUGCCAACAUAUCUCCUGUUAAAUUAGCAGCAACCAUUUAAAGUCUUUUCAGCAGCAUCUGCAUGAUAAUUGCAGAGAUGCUUUAUAUCUGGGAAACAAGCCAAGGAAUAAACCUUGAAGCAAAGUGUAUUAAAUUAGUUAUCUUGUUAUAACUUUUUGAAUAAUUUCCUAAUGAUGAAUUAAGUUUGAACUCAGAUCUGUCAAGUCCCAUUGCUCUACUUGGAUGUGAGAAGUAGAAAAUCAGGAGGGAAAAGAAUCUGUUCCUGUGUUGUCUUAUUCAGCUGCUCUUGGAUGAAACGUAUACUUCUGUUUCUGCAGUGAGCACAGGAAAGUUAUUGCAUAAGAGAAUGUAAAGAGCUGUGUUUGAAAGGAAGAAAAUUAAGCAAAUGUUUUUUAUGCAAAGAUGCAUCAUAGGUGUCUUAGAAAAAUAUUAAUUAGAAAAUGGCACCAAAAAUCUUUUCCAAAUUAAGUCAGUGCCUAUUAAUGAGCCAAAUAAGUGGCCACAUAGUAAACAGUCAUUUCCAAUUAACUCCUAACGUGGCUGGUAUGGUAGAUAGAGGCCAAUGUGACUCACUUUUUCCCUUUCAUUGUCAAAGAAUGGUAAUUUUAAACUUUUCCUUUCAUCUGACUUCAAUGUAUUUUUUCCUACUAGAUUUUAUCUUGACUAGAUCUGCUAAUAUCGUGAAUUGGGCUGGUACACGUCUUCAGAGGUUCCUUUCCACCCCAGCUUGCAACCAAACCUCAGCAUGCCGAUGCUUUAUGAUUGAAAUGCGAUACAGUUUUGUAGGGGAAAAACUGAACCUUCUGACUUUGAACCUGUGGUAGUUUUAUCAGACCGAAAUUGCCUGGGCAGUAUUUCCUCACCUUUAGGGAGGGACAGGAAAAUGCAUUUUGCAUCCAAUUUUAUUAGUCAUAGCAGGAACGAACACAUGAGACUUAAAGCAAAAUACUGUUUACUUUGUCCCACGGACUUUAACAGCAGAGCCCUUAAGUGGAAAAGGAGGACAGUUUGGAGUUGCUGUAUGUUGUGUUGCACAGCUUUUUUAACAUCAAAGCAUGACAGUGGGUAGGUUCUAAGACACCGGUUUCAUCCGUUUGGAGUAAAGUCUGGAUUGAAAAUCUUGAAGAUGCAUCAACAGUCAGUGAACAGAGCUGCUGACACAAGCAGUCUUGCCCCAAGGCGCCCAUGUUGCAGUCUGGCACAUUCAGCCUACGCUCCCUGACUCUUUCCAAGAGGGAACGUGGAGGGGAUGAGGAAGUCUGACUUGGGAAUCCAUUGUGUAUGUUUUCCUUUUUGUGCCCUCUUCACCUGUAUUUUACAACCUUUUUUUUUUUUGUUGUUUUUUGUCUUUAAACUCUUACCGAUGAUAGUAUUGAGGUUGCUGGUGUCGAAUUUGUGGUCAAAGUUACGGUCUGAGCAUUUCAUGCCUAACGCUGCCCGAUCAGGGAGGGGAGAGAUGACAGCUGAGUUCUGAUGCUGCUCAGGGCUGUGCGUGUCCAGCUUCCAUCCUCCUCGGGCUGCACUGGAGGAUGGGGGGCAUGAGCUGCCCAGGUCCUACUUGUUUCAGCUCCUACAGAGGGACCUUAAAUGCUCAGCCUUAUCAGAAAUACCUUUUCCCUAAACUAGCUUCAGCUGUCAGGAAACACAUCUGUGAGAACUUAUUCAACCUAUUGCUAAUGCAGUUCUUUAUAAAGGACAUUUCUGUUCCACUUAUUUCAACCAGUUGCCUCAGCUACAAAUAUUAUUAAAUAUUUGCAUGAUUUCAAGAGCUUUUUUUUUGUUUGUUUUUAAAUUACUUUCUUGUAAGCAGAAAUGCAAAUGGCAAACCAUAGGUUAGGAAAGAAUGAGUAAGUCUCAGUGCUUCAAGAGAGAUGGUCAUUUUAAGCUAAUACACUAUUUUUUUGAUCCAAUGCCUGCUCUGUCUGUGUAGCCCACAAGCGACUCUAAAACAAAUAGUGAUGGGCAAUCUCAUACUUGGAUACAGCACACAAACCUGUGGGGAAAAUUCGGCAGCUACUGACUGUGCUGCGUUCUCAACAGCUGACUUCCCGCCGGUUUCCUGGGAGGAGAUGAUGACUGAAUUAGCUGUUGUCAGUCUCACUAACAGUUUGUGAACUGUGUGCUCAAAAAGUGGAAGCAUCAGUCUGUCUGACACCUGCUGCAACAGCUCUCAUGCAUCACAGGGAGGUCAGAGCUAAACUUUGGUGCUUGUCUGUGUGGAAAAGAAUGCUUUACAACCAGAGAGCUAGGGUAGCACCCCCUGCAUGAAAUAAAGGAUGCAUCAUAUUGAGGGAGCAAAUGCCAGAAUUGACCUUGAAAGGGAUGCACUCCAUGAAAACAUCAUUUGGCCACCUCUCUACAAACCCGGAUAUAAUAUAAAUCUGCUGAUGUGUUGUUCAAGUCAUAUGGAGUUUGGAGAUGGGUUUUGAUGCCAACAAGAGAAAGGUUGCAAGUCCAAAACCCCAAGUGCAAUUGCCCCCCAGCUUGUUCUUAACAUUCUAGAGAGGGGUUUCCUUGUAGAAUCUGGUGCUGUGGGAACUCCAGCUGCCCUCUGAGUCUUCAGAGAGGAGGACAUUAUACGUGCAGCCCCACGCAGCCUUGGCUUGCAGGGACAGUGACUUGAGGAAGGGAAGAGCUGGCUGCUAGGGCGGCGAGGCAAAGAACAGAAGAUGGAGGUCUGAACCAUAGAUAAACUAUUGUUAGAGUGUGAAACAAACAUUUAGUGCACAGGUCAAAAAUAGCAGUGUGUAUUUACUUUAAAUAUUUAUAUGCAUUUUGUCAGUGCUUUUAGAGGAUGUUAGACUACAGUUCUGUUGGUUCCUCUCAGCCUUUUUUUUGGCUGGUGUUUCUUUGAAGUGUUGUUGCUUCUGCUUUAUGUGUACCCUCACUGUGAGCUUUCCCCAUGCUACAACAGCAGGACUUUGACAUUGCAAUGUGAACUGGAAGUCAGUAAUUAAAUAGCAGCUUUCCCUGAGGAAUCCCAGCACCGUUUAACAGCAAGGGAAAGACUAAUACUUCAGCUGAUCCCUGAAAUGAAUGCAGUGCACUUAAUAGUUUUCCAAAUCAUCUACAUAAGGAGUCAGUGCUUCGGAUGCUCAGGUCCAGGUGUUUCAGGGGCAGCGUUCCCUGAUUAGGCAGGCAGGAAUAAAAGAGGAAGGCUUCCCACAAACGACUCCUUACUUAAGGAAGAAACAUUAAUGCAUUUAGAAGAGGGAGAGGGUGCUCAGCCCCUCUAGCCCACCUGGCAACCCAUCCUUUAGGGGCUUCCAGAGGCCAAAGUUAUAUCCUGCUCUCUGUGCUUGGUAACUACCGAUGGAGCCACUUCCCAUGAAUCCCAUUAUCUUCGCUUUAGAACCCUUUAAUCCUCCGGCCUUCACAAUGUCCUGUGGUGGUAAGUUCCACAACUUAAUUAUACAUCACAUCUACAAGACCUUCCUUUUUGUGUACGUUAAAUGAAAGUAUAUUCUUGCUGCUACUCGGUCUUUAAACAGAAACAAAUCUUUAGUGCCAGAAACGCUAUUAAUAGGGUGUUUCUCCUGUUGAGAUUGCUCCAUAUGGAAAACAGGUUUUGCUCAUUCAUACCUUUCUUUUGCUAUUUUACAAAGGAAAAAAGUUUACACAUGCAGAUGACUGUAAUAUUCCCAUGUAUAAUUGUGUGGGACGUGUUAAAUGAAAUAAUAUGUUUAAAUUUGAUGUCACUGGAUUUUACUGUCCUGUUUUACUUCAGUAUUUUGAUGCUUCCUGUUUUAUUUGUUCUGUAAUUCUGUACACAACAGUUUAGCACAAAACAGUGAUCUGAAUCUCACACCUUCAUUGUACGUACACAUUUUGUAGAGAAAUGAGACAUCAGUUAUAUGCCCUUCCUGCCCCCACUCCUUCCUCUUAGGGCUAAAUGGCAGAACUAUUCUAUGCUAUUGAAAGCCUUUUUUAAAAAACAAACAAACAAACAAACAAACCUAUGCAUGCUAUUUUAUAUUCUAAUGUAUUAUUCAUAUCAGUACAUAAGCUUAUGCUUGUCAGUUUUAUCUUGUGUAUAGAACUGAUUACUUUUGACAGUAUUUUUGCACUGUUUCUUUUUCUUCUCUUUUUAUAAAGUUCUAUUCAGCAUUAAUUGACUGCAAUAAUUUUUUACCCCUUUCACUGCCUUUGUGUAAAUAGUUUCUUAUAUGCUUUUGCAAACAUGAGAAUGUCUUCAGUCACUAAGGUUUUUUGGUAAGGCUGUCCUUCAUAUUCACAGUAUACAAUAAAACAUUUUUUUUUUUCAAGGAAAA